CGCGCGGGGGGAGGCGGGGCGGGGAGGCUGGAGGUGUCCGAGCCUCCAGAGCCGCGGGAGACCAGAGGCAGCUGUGUGACAGCUCGUCGGCCGCCAUGUCAGCCAGCGGGGCUGGAAACAGAGCCGGCUCCCGGCGGUAGUCCUUGCGUUGCCUCGGAUGCCCAGGCAUGGAAGGACUUUGAUAAAACUUUAAACAGUUCCACAAAAGAUGCGCUAAUGGAUGACAGCGACACUCCUGCAUCCAGUCUUCAGAUAGGACCGCAAGAUGGACGUCAUCCGGGUGGCAGCGUGGAAAGGAGAGUGACACCCUUGCCUUCUGUAGCAGAUGAAAAUGAGAAUCAGCUUGACGGGGACGGGCCUGCGGCUCUGACCGGCAGUGGCAGCGCAAUGGGAAGAGCCACGGUAUUUAACCAGGACAGUCUCAACAAUAAUGAAAGCUGCCUGUCCGGCUGCGAGGUAGCCCCCGGUGAGACUGCAGAACACAGUCCGUAUGAAGGGCCCAAAGAUGACCAGUCUUCCUUGGCACAGGACAAUAAAACACCUGGGAAAAGAAGUCCAAGAGCCAAAAGAGGCACUCCUAAGAACCUACCUCCAGUAGGAGCUGCCGUACCUUCAAUGCAGACAGUGAAUGCAGAGCUGCAGGCUGAUGCUGAGGAGGCUGCCGGAGUGAACGCGAAUGAACCCCCAAAAGCUCCAGCGCCAGCACUGCAGCCGCUCUUCUCGCUGAUCCGAGGUGAGGUGGAGCAGAUGGACUCCAGAGCUCUGCCCCUCUUCCUCCACCAGGUAGCUGAGACCUAUUUCCAGGAAGAGGACUACGAGAAAGCAAUGAAAUUCAUUCAGCUUGAACGACUGUACCAUGAGCAGCUGCUCGCGAAUCUUUCUGCCAUUCAGGAACAGUGGGAAACAAAAUGGAGAGCUGUCCAGCCACAUGCAGUGACGCCUCUGAGGAAUUCGGAAAAGGGAUUCAAUGGUGAAGAUUUUGAACAGCUUGCUAAAAUUUGCACAACACAUCAAGACCCUCUCUUGUCCAAGCAUAAGAUAGCACCUGUGGAAAAGUCACUGGGGAGAAAAUGCCUUACCCGGCCGGCAGUGUCUGAAGAGCCAAAGGGAAGAGGAGCAACAGCCAAAGAACCAGAAACUGAAGCCGGUCCUGCCAUGGAACCUAGUGGAGGCCGGCAUGAAGAGCAGCCCCGGGAGAGCAGCCCCGGCUCUCAUCAAAUGGAUUGGCAGGCGGCUUCCCCCGACCUUCCAGUAAGUGCGGGGAAGGACCACACGGAGGGGGAGGAGGAGCCGCUCCUCGGCAACAAUGCCUCCCAGGAGCUCCACACCCCGUCCCCAGAGACUGCCAGGAGCAGGUCAGGGCCAGAUGCUACUGAGAAUGGCUCUGAGGGUGACUGCGGCUUGCAGGCACCUCCCACAGAGGACCACCCUGACGUGGCCGAAGACCUUAAGGUGUCUCCUCCUAGUGAGUCAGUGACAGAGCCGCAGCUCUUCGCUAGCGGCGACGCUUUACCUCCUGUGUUGAUUUCAGAGAGUGAAUAUUCACAGGCACACCGAAAAGAACUCUGCCUGCCAGUUCAGGGUGUAUUUGAAGCACUGCCCAGGGAGCAGCUGCAGAGCGGUGAAUUAGAUGAAUCCCGUCGCCCAGCCGUUGACGGGAAAUCACCACAGAGUCAGACUGACUUGGAGCCUGGCUCUGAGAAUGCACUUUGUGGCGACAGUGAAGCGUCUGACGUAAGUGUACCCCGUCCAGAAGUGUGUAUGACCCCAGAAGAAGGGCGGGAUAAGGAAGACCAAGUCAGUAAGGAAACGGAAGACUAUCUGCACAGCCUCCUGGAAGGAUGCUUAAAAGACGCGGAAGAGUCCCUCUCCUAUGAAGAUACCCAGGACGACGACUCUGACCUCCUCCAAGACCUCUCUCCUGAAGAAGCAUCCUACAGUCUCCAGGAGAGCCUGCCUCCUGAUGAGAGCUCGCUCUCCCUUGAUGAUCUGGCCAAGAAGAUAGAGAUCGCAGAGGCUGUUCCUGCAGAAGGGCUGGUGUCCAUACUAAAGAAGAGGAAUGACACAGUAGGAGACCAUUCCACCCAAAUGCAACAGAAGCCAGCCAAGCGGAGAGUGCGGUUCCAGGAAAUCGAUGAUAACCUGGAUCAAGAUGAGGUCGGCAGUGGCUCCUGCAUCCUGCUCAUCUUGCUGUGCAUAGCCACAGUCUUCCUCAGCGUGGGAGGGACCGCGCUCUACUGCACCCUGGGCAACAUGGAGUCACCGGUCUGUACAGACUUUGCCGACAACAUGGACUUCUAUUACACUAAGCUGCUGCAGGGGGUGGCAGGACUUAAACACUGGGUCUACCUCUCCUAGCAGCAAGUGGGACGGACAGGCGUGCUGACAGACGGACAGAGAAGCAAACUUCCCAAACAGCUUUUAUUUCAGGAACCAUGAAACAUUCCCCCUCCCCUGCAGCGAGGACUCAAGGACAGACUUUAGAGAACCAGCCCAGAGAACUCUCUUAGAAUGGUCCACAGAAGAAGGCAAAUACGGUGCGGGCACUGAGGACAGUGGAGGGAGCUGUGGAGCGCACGCCCCUCUCCUUGCUGCGCCCUUGUGUGGUGAAGUGCGCUGAGCAGGGUCACUCCACGCUGAGCAGGAUCACCCCGCUCUGAGCAGGGUCACUCCACGCUGAGCAGGUUCACCCCACUCUGAGCAGAGUCACUCCGCGCUGAGCAGGGUUCCUCCGGUCACGCCGAGCUCGCACUGAGGGCUAAAGACCACUCCCAGUUUACAGUCAUUGCUUCCUGCCACCAUGCAAUAAGUUUCUUUGUAAUCAGAGAGUUUCCUUAUGGUUUCAAUGCCGUGUUUUAGUUAAUCCUGGGAGCUGUGUAAUGUAAGCUUUGGGCGUUACUCUAGAUCCUUCUCUCCAUUUGUGAAAGGGUUGUGUGGGUGUGUGUUUGUCUGAAGCAGUUGCCGCAAGUGGAUAUCCAGCAGAGUACAAAGAUGACCUUUAUUCUUUUAACUUGACUACAAUGUGCAGGCACACAUCUUUGGAGAAGGCUUACCUGUGAACUAGAUAAACUGUAGGACUGUUGGCCUUGAAUUAGAAACUGGUAGAUCUGUGGCAAUGAAUUUGACAGGCCUGAAGGCACCGUGACAGAAAUCCCAAGUCUCAGGUGAGAUUUCGCUGUGGGUUCUAUGCUGCCGGAAGCAAUGAGUCCUGGUUCCACAGCUCAAAAGAGACUUCCUGAGCAUCUAUUACAUUUUGGAACCUAAAACUAGGAAUCCAAGUAAGGGGUAGUUCCUACUGUGUGGGUGGUCAUGGGAGGCAAACCCUUACUUUGAUGAGUGAAACAGGCCACCACGUGUGACUGAGUGGUUUCAGGCCAUACGCUUGGGUAUGUGGAAUGUGCGUGUCUAUCAUGGACUCGUUUUGGACCCCAUCAUGUGGUCAUGAAGCGGAAAUUCAAUCAUACCUUCAAAAGACAACUUUAAAUGUCUAGUUUUGUUUAAAUCUGUCAUUAGGUGGCCUUUCCUUAUUUACGGUACAGUGAUCAAAUGUUUAGGAAGCCUUGCUUUGACUUUUGUAUAUUCUAGGCAACAUCUUUUUUUUAAAAAAAAAAAAACAUGAAUUAUAGUUUUUUAGCAAGUGAUCUUUAUGUUCUGUUUUCCUGUUAGAAUCAUUUGGAGGAAAAGAGAGACAUUGCUUUGUAGUUAUUACUGGCUGGCACAGUACCUUCCUUUGUGUUUCCGCUUAUUUAUUUGGAACUUGUGAAUUUAAGGGCUUUUGUAUGAACUGAGCGCGUGUGUGUUGUUGAGCAUGUAUGUGGUCAUCCCACUGCUACCUAUUUAAUUAGAUACUGAGUGUUUUGAUUUUCUAUUAUUUUAGCUCCGUGUGUUUUAGGCUUAUUUUUAAAUUGACAUUUUAUUUUCACUUAUAAUGCCGUGUGGCUUCUUUCUUCCAAUGUCACCGUAAACUGUAAUAUUUUCAAUGGUUAUAGAUCAGAGUUAUUUAUUUAGAAGUAUACAGAAUACUGAAAUUUAGAUUCCUUUAUACCGAAGGCUGAUUUUAUUAGAAGAUUAUUUUAAUGUCCUAUUAUAAAUUUUAAGACUUUGUAUUCACAUCAUGUGUAAACCAGGUCCCAUUGUCCCAGUACUGCCAUUGCGGUUCUGGCGAAGCCGUGAGGGAGGUGGUCUGUGCGGGCCUCGUCACGAUGCACAAACAUGUUUCACCCUCAUGAUUUCUGGUUGCGGGGAUUUGGUGAUUCUUGUUUCUGCCAGUUUUAUGUCAAGAGAAGUUAAAAUCUCUCCCCAUGCACCUCUUUCAGGUCACUCAGAGUCCUGUGUGAUCUCUGGUGUUACACUGGCUCUCGGCCACCAUGGUCACUUCUAAAACCCUAGGUUUCCUGGGAGCCGUCAUUGAGAGGCCUGACAUGACACCUCGAUAGCCAGGGGCCCAAUUGUCUGUCAGAGGAGCCCGGGUGCUCACCACUUCAGGGACCACAGAGUGAUCGCAAGUAGGCUGACCUCUUGACUUAAAGUGGGCAUGAAAUGUCACGUAGAAGAACUAGGGCACCUUUUAAAGCGUAACAGUCAUUUGCUGCAUGAAUUGGAAUCGCCCACCUGGAGAUGAGAGGAUGUUAACCCUCGUAUAGAGAAUGCUUCCGUUGGACUGAAAUGUCAUUUCUCCUCUCCUUGGAAAGUACUGACAACUACCUAUAACUAGCCUUCUUAAGAACCGUGUUUGAGGGUGUGAAAACAAGUGUGUAAUUUAAAAUCUA